CAUCCCGGAACCGAAGACCUUUCUGUUCAAUUCCAAACUCCAACUUAUUUUGGCUGCCAUGCUUGGAGAUAUUGAAAAACAUAAUAACUCCUUGAGAUGUUUCAUAAAAACGUUUGAAUGUGUGAAUGAGCGGAUUUUCCCGGACUUGAAUACCCCACUGCACGACGCUUGCGAACAGUUGCAUGAGGAAUUCAUAAUAUGGCUACUAAAACAACCGGAAAUUAAGGUGAACAGUCGCAAUUUACAACGAAAAACCGCUCUCUUUCUGUUAUGCCAAAAAUACAGCGCCGUCCCCGGCUUCAGCAGUAAAUCCGAGACACAAGAAAUAAAAAAGAUUAUCGAAAAAUCCGUACAAAUUUUGAAUCUCAUACAUAGGCUACUUUUAGCAAAUGCUGACUUCAACAUCUGUGGCGGCCUUCGCCGGUUACCCUUCGAUUUACUAGUGCGGAAGCAGUCCACUCUGCAAAAAAUAGACAAUAUUCCGAACAAGACGACCAUUGAAUUGUUAGAAAUGUUUCUACAGUUUGGAGAAGAAGAUGAAUUUCUUGAGCGGUUGAAACAGCUAGCUUCGGAAGAUAUAUCGAAUAUAAUAAGAUGCUUGUUGCACACUGCCGUAGACCUUAGUUUUGAGAGAAGUGUUAAGAAGAUUGUUCAGUAUUGCGAAAAAAGGAUAUUUGAGACAGAAAUGAAAGAAAUGGAUCUAAAGUAUCGUGUUGAACUUAAGGGAUUGUUGAGAAAAGCAUGUGAAAAUGGAAAGGUGAAAAUAUUAACUUUACUUUUGAACAAGAUCAAGGACAAGAAACUUAUGAACGAUGAGCCUAUUCUCAUAAUAGCUUUAAAUCGAGCUCAUGUCCUCCAAAAUCGACCAAAAGAGAGGAAACCAGUUCUAGAAUGCGCUACUUUGCUUUCCACAACCAAAAAAGUUUAUCUCACCCGAACAGAUAACAAUGGAAAUAACGCACUGCACAUUGCUUUGAAGUACGGUUUUACAAAUAUUGCUCUUAACUUGUUGCAGCAAAAAUCCGCCUUUCUGGGUGUUCGUAACAAAGAUGGUUUUACUCCCUUGCAAUAUGCCUGUUAUGAUUCUGGCGAAAAAAGGAAUGCUAAGGGUAAAAACUCUCAGGAAGCAGCUCUAACUGAGAUGUAUCCAAUCGAAAUAAUUGCCAAAUCAAAAGACUUGAAACAACUACUCAUUCAUCCUGUUGUUUAUUCUUUUAUUUUGUUAAAAUGGCACAGAUUUUUCGUGUUCCUACGGUGGAAAUAUUUUUUCUCAGCGGGAAACAUUCAAGAUCUGUCCAUUAUCAUUUCGAUGCUCUUUUUCCUCUUCAAAGGUUGUAACUUAAUUCUAUCCUCUCUAACCAUCAUCGCGUUUGCCAUGCAACUCAUCGUCCUUAUUAGAUAUCUUCCUUUUGAACGCUUAUCAACUUAUAUGCGUAUGUUCAAAACCGUUGCCGUAAACUUUUUUAAAACUUUGCUCGUUUUUAGUCCACUGCUUGUUGCCUUUACAUUUGUAUUCUAUCUCACGAACAACUAUCAAAAAAGAGCCACAAACAGUACAAUUGCUACGGAAACCGAAACUUCCGAAGAAGAUUUCAAUCAAUUCAACACCUUCCCAAACACGGUCCUGAAAAUAUUGGUCAUGGCCACCGGUGAAUUCGAUGCAGCUUCUACCGACCAUAGCGGUGGUAAAAUAAUUCUUUUUUUAUUAUUCAUGUUUUUUGUAUACAUGGUUAUUCAAAACCUUAUUAACGGUUUGGCUGUUAGCGAUAUCACUGCGAUUCAACAAGAGUCUGAACUGAUCAGCAUUAGCAAUAAAGUAUUGAUUUUGGAACAGCACUCGUACGUUAUAGCAGUAAAUACGAAAGAGUUCCGAAAAAUUAUGAUUCAGCUGAAAACUAAACCAACUACAGAUGUGAAAAGUGAAGAUUGCUAG